AUGGCUACGAUGGUGCUUCCGCGGGAGGAGAAGCUGAGCCAGGAUGAGAUCGUGCUGGGCACCAAGGCCGUCAUCCAAGGCCUGGAGACCCUGCGCGGGGAGCAUCGUGCCCUUCUCGCUCCCUUGGUAGCACAUGAAGCUGGCGAGGCAGAGCCCGGCUCACAGGAGCGCUGUGUUCUCCUGCGUCGCUCCCUAGAAGCCAUCGAGCUGGGUCUGGGGGAGGCCCAGGUGAUCCUGGCGCUGUCGAGCCACCUGGGGGCCGUGGAGUCGGAAAAACAGAAGCUGCGGGCUCAGGUGCGGCGCCUGGUGCAGGAGAACCAGUGGCUGCGCGAGGAGCUGGCGGGAACACAGCAGAAGCUGCAGCGCAGCGAGCAGGCUGUGGCCCAGCUGGAGGAGGAGAAGCAGCAUUUGCUGUUCAUGAGCCAGAUCCGCAAGCUGGAUGAGGACACAUCCCCCAGUGAGGAGAAGGGGGACGUCCCCAAAGACUCUCUCGAUGACCUGUUCCCCAACGAGGAGGAGCAGAGCCCAGCCCCCGGCCCUGGAGGAGGGGAUGUGGCUGCCCAGCACGGGGGCUAUGAAAUCCCAGCACGGCUCCGCACCCUGCACAACCUGGUGAUUCAGUACGCCUCACAGGGCCGCUACGAGGUGGCCGUGCCACUCUGCAAGCAGGCGCUCGAGGACCUGGAGAAGACAUCGGGCCACGACCACCCUGAUGUUGCCACCAUGCUGAACAUCCUGGCUUUGGUCUAUCGGGACCAGAACAAGUACAAAGAGGCUGCCCACCUGCUCAACGAUGCCCUGGCCAUCCGUGAAAAGACACUGGGCAAGGACCACCCGGCUGUGGCUGCAACGUUAAACAACCUAGCAGUUCUGUAUGGCAAGCGGGGCAAGUACAAAGAGGCCGAGCCACUGUGCAAACGGGCAUUAGAAAUCCGGGAGAAGGUCCUGGGCAAGUUUCAUCCAGAUGUGGCCAAGCAGCUGAGCAACCUGGCCCUGCUGUGCCAGAACCAGGGCAAAGCUGAAGAGGUGGAAUACUACUACCGGCGGGCGCUGGAGAUCUAUGCCACACGCCUCGGGCCUGAUGACCCCAACGUGGCCAAAACCAAGAAUAACCUGGCCUCCUGCUACCUGAAACAGGGCAAAUACCAGGACGCAGAGACCCUGUACAAGGAGAUCCUCACCCGGGCUCAUGAGAAGGAGUUCGGCUCUGUCAAUGGGGACAACAAGCCCAUCUGGAUGCACGCAGAAGAACGGGAAGAGAGCAAGGACAAGCGCCGGGACAGCACCCCCUAUGGGGAAUAUGGCAGCUGGUACAAGGCCUGUAAAGUAGACAGCCCCACAGUCAACACUACCCUGCGCAGCUUGGGGGCCCUGUACCGGCGCCAGGGCAAGCUAGAAGCUGCACACACACUGGAGGACUGCGCCAGCCGAAGCCGCAAGCAGGGCCUGGACCCUGCAAGCCAGACCAGGGUGGUGGAACUGCUGAAAGAUAGCAGCGGUGGACGGGGAGACCGCCGUGGCAGCCGGGACGUGACCGGGGGUGCUGGGGCUCGGCCUGAGUCUGAACUCGAGGAGGCAGGGCCUGCAGCCGAAUGGAGCGGGGAUGGCAGUGGCUCCUUGCGGCGCAGUGGCUCCUUUGGGAAGCUCCGAGAUGCCCUGAGGCGGAGCAGUGAGAUGCUGGUGAAGAAGCUGCAGGGUGGUGGCCCGCAGGAGCCUCCUAAUCCCAGGAUGAAGCGGGCUAGUUCUCUCAACUUCCUCAACAAGAGUGUGGAAGAGCCUGUCCAGCCUGGAGGCACAGGUUUCUCUGACAGCCGCACCCUCAGCUCCAGCUCCAUGGACCUCUCCCGACGAAGCUCCCUCGUGGGCUAA